AUCCUAUCCCAACCAAGCCAUGGCAUCACCAACACUCCUAACUCCCACCUCCAAACUCAUGACCCUCAUUCCCAUCAAGGCCACCAAAACCACCACCACCUCCACCGCCGCUGCCUCUACUACCUCAGUCCCCCAAGCUCGCCGCCGUGAGUUCUUAUCUAUCGCGGCGGCGGCUCUCUCGUCGCCAGCAUGGCUCUUCCCACUAACACCAGCAGCCCUCGCUGCUUCGGAUGAAGAGUACGUUAAAGAGACCGAGGAGGUGAUCCAGAAGGUCAAGAGCACCAUCAGCAUGGACAAGAAUGACCCCAAUGUGGCCACCGCAGUUGCCGAGCUCAGAGAAACAUCUAACUCGUGGGUGGCUAAGUACAGGAGGGAGAAAAAUUUGCUGGCUAGGGUCUCUUUCAGAGACAUUUACUCGGCGAUCAAUGCCGUUUCAGGACACUAUGUUAGUUUCGGGCCAACGGCUCCGAUUCCGGCGAAGAGAAAGGCGAGGAUCUUGGAAGAGGUCGAAACUGCAGAGAAAAACCUAUUGCGGGGUAGAUAGAUAACUAAUAUAAAAAAUGGAUUACUCUGUAAAUUUAAGUACUCAUGGAGAGGGCCAGAGGAAUUUUUCUUUUCCCUGUCAAUUAUUUACUACCAUGUUUUAUUUGAAUUUUGUUUUGAUUGUGCAGUAUGAGAAUACUGAGUGAGAUUAAUGGCUUAGGGUUUUCACUUUCAUAAAAAUCCGGCCUGUCUUUCAGAACA